CAAGUUACGUAUUAAUCGCCGCCAACGAACACUGUACAACGACUGCGGACCUUGACUGUAUUUACAGGUCUCUACUGACCUUUGACUUCUAGGAUUGGAAGGUCAGCCACCAAGUAUGGAUAGUUACUCAUUUGUUCGUACGGGGAAAUUGAAAUUUAAAAGUGACAAACGGAAGCAUAAAAGACGUAGCAAACAUGGUGCUUCUGAACACAGACAGACAUCUGACAAACGAAUCGUUGAUGCGACUCUUCAUGGCGGUUGGUGGGGCAUAUCUUCGUUUGCCGAUAUUAGUGAUUCGGUCGCGAUCCAAUUCAACGACUGGUCGACCGUGCAACCCCAGCUGACAAAUUCAUCUAAUUGUAGCGUUGCUGACGAGUUCCCAAAUACUGAAAACGCAACCGCUUGCUACUUAUUUGCUGGCGAUGAUGGAUUAUUCAGUGUGGGUCCACCCAGAGGUGUUGGGGAGCCUCCAGCUCCAGAUGAGAUAUUUACCGCAAUCAAGCUUUCAGACACAAAGGUGGCGUUUAAAUCUGGUUAUGGGAAAUAUCUGGGCGUCUCCACGGACCCUGAUGCGCUGUUGAUUGCCGUUGCGGAUGCGAUUGGUCCUCGUGAACACUUUGAGCCCGUAUUUCAGGAUGGCAAUACUGCGUUGUUAGGUGCAAACAAUUGUUUCCUUUCGGCCAAUCCGAACAACGGUGAUGUGGCCUUUUCCAAACCCCAAGCAAAAUCCGAAGAAAUGAUCACAAUUCGCUCUAACCGUCCACUCCUGAACGACCCACUCUCGUCUCUGCCGGAGGAAGAGCGUCAAGGGCUGACAAAGGCCGAAGUCAAUUACGUCCGCAAGUUUCAAAGCUGGCAAGAUCAUAAAUUGCGAUUGAGCAAAGAAGAGAAGAGCGUUCUGAGGCAGGCGCAGCGCUCCGGCGACCUUCAUGAAUGCCUACUGGACAGACGGGAAAAAAUGAAAUCGGACCGAUAUUGUAAAUGAGCCAUUUUGUUUCUGUGUGCUCGGUAUUAUCCUGACGAUACUUAUUCCCUAUUCCGAUUCCAAUUUAUCGCAGUUAUGUUGUUUGCUUUCCUUAGCUCACCUUCUUUCACCUGCUUUUGUCUUUUUCUGUGCUCAACUACCUCGACUUUUUGAGGGUCUAAUUCGUCGACCAAUUUACUGUUGAUAGGCUGAUGGCCAUUCUUCUCGUUAUUGUUCCACUUCUUGUGCUUAGACUUGGUAAUUAAAGUUUUUCCAAUCUCUCUUCGGGCCUUCUGCUUGUACCUAGCUUUUAUCCGUAUUACAUCUCAUACGAAAGAUACGCUUCUUAUCCCUAUCAAUUUUGCACUAAUUACUGAUGUACUGUAAAAUCGGGUAACUUUGGUCCACUUUUUUGUUUCUAAAUGUAUCACACAUUUAUCAGUGCUUUUGUAAAAAAUUUAUUAGGCAAGUCAAAAUAAGCUUCAUCAAUCCUAA